AAUCAUUUUAGCAUUGCGAAAAUAUCAGUUUUAGGUCAGAAAAUCAACUUCAUGCUCAUUUGGUAGAUAUCAAGCAACGCUCCCUGUGAUGGCAAAUAUCUUCAACGAGCCAUAUUGUGCUAUUUACAACAAAGUUCCGCACAAAGAGGUUAAACCAGGGAAGAAGCAAGUCGCAGAUUUUCACUAUGUCAAAACCAUCGGGGAAGGCUCCUUUGCGGCUGUGUUGAAGGUUUCAGAAAAAGGGUCUGAUAGAGAGUUUGCAAUGAAAAUUCUAGAAAAGAGGCAGAUACAGAAGGAGAACAUGACAGCACGUGUGAUGAGAGAAAGAGACAUAAUAUGCUCCCUGGACCACACUUUCAUCAUAAGACUCUACUGCACCUUCCAAUCAGAAACUCAUCUCUUCUUCUGCUUAACACUCGCUGAGAACGGAUGUAUACUAGAUUACUUACUUAAAUAUGGGUCAUUUUCUCUGCCUGUCUCCAUGUUCUACAUUGCUGAGUUGGUACACGUUAUCGAUUACAUGCAUAGCAAGAAUGUGUUACACAGAGACAUAAAGCCAGAGAACAUACUGUUAGACAGCAGAAUGCACAUAUUAUUAACGGAUUUUGGUACUGCUGGCACCGUCACUGCUGAAAAUCAGAGGAGGAAAUCCUUUGUCGGAACAGCUCAGUACGUAGCCCCUGAAUUGCUGGGGGAGGGAGAGAAGUACACGUGCAAGGAGAGUGAUCUCUGGGCUGUCGGCUGUGUCUUGUAUCAAUUCAUUUCCGGCAAGUUCCCCUUUAGAGGCUCCAACGACUGGGCUAUCUUCCAGAUAGUAAAGAAAUGCGAGUACAAGUUUGAAGAGGGUUUCCCAGAAUUAGAGAAAGAUUUUAUUAAGAAGCUGUUAAUUCUCGAUCCUACACAGAGACUUGGAAGUCAACAAACUGGUGGGAUUGGGGAGCUAAAGAAACAUGAUUUGUUUACAAAUGUUGAUUGGGAGGGACUAAGUGAGAGCACACCUCCUAAAAUAGGCCCUUAUCUUCCUCUGUCUGACUCGGAGAACGGUAGUUUAACGGACGAGAGCGUAGAGAUAGAAGAGUUUGAUAAGCUCAGUAUCACAGCACCUAAAAAACUAAUCGACAACAGACAAUCCUUACUGAGUCAACAAGCUCAGUCUCACCCCGACAUCAACAAACAUCUUAAUGGUAACGAGUUGAUCGUAAAAGACGGUAUUAUAAACAAAAGAAGAGGAUUAUCUCGGAAGAAAAGACACCUCAUCUUAACUGACUACCCUUCUCUUUAUUAUAUCGAUCCAGCCUCCAAGAUACUGAAGGGUGAAAUACCUUGGGAGGGCGGUUUAGAAGUUAGACAGAAAGGGAAGAAACACUUUCAAGUUCACGUACCCAACAGAGUGUAUUACUUAGAAAGUGCAAGUGCGGAUGCGAGCGAGUGGUGUAAGAGUAUACAAGACGUGAAAACGAUGGUUCAAGAACGUCCCAAGACUUAGCCGAGAUUUGGAACUCUUAAUUAGGGUAUCUUUGAUAGUAAUUUCGUACUUAUUUCGUAUUCGGGAUUCUGUAUGAAUUUGAUAAAAUCGGAUUAAUUUUUGUUUAGGUUUCACUUUAAUUUGAGAUGCUUUCAUUUUUGUUAGUUUUGAGUAUGAUUUCGCUGCCUGUGUAAAAGAUUCGUUGUUCAAACAGCUAAACUUAACUAUGAAUUUGCAUUGCACCAAUAUUUCUUGGUUUGCAUGAUAUUAAUGUUGAUUAUGUGCUUUGAUAAUGCGUCGGCAGUAUAUGGAGUAUGGACUAAUGGACUUGUGGCCGAAUUAUUUUGUUUUAUCGAUGCUAUCCGAUAUAAUAGUCGAGGAGCAUCCUUUCAUUAUGUUGAAUCCUACAUUUUGUAUGAAUGUACUUUUGAUAACAGAAUUUUCGAUGGUCAAUUGUGAAUAACUGCCACCUUACUGACUGUUUGAUUACCUAUGUUAUAUUUUCCUGCCGUCUGGUCUCAAUUACUCUGUAACGGACCCUGCGUUCUGGCAUUAAUUGCAGCGCGGGCUGUCAAUUCAUCUUUUUUACUAGCUGAAAUUGUCUUCUGAUCUAAUGUAGCUCUAUUUUGUCAUUUAUUAGUGUGAUCGCGCGCAUUUACGCGCGCGAAUCAAGUUUAAAGCAUGCUUAUAUUUAAUUCCUUACUUCUUGAAUUUUUCUAAAAUUUACUCCCAAACGAACUUACCAACUAACAAGCUGGUCAUUUUUAACCCACU